AGACGAGCUCUAGGGGCGGACCGCCGAACCUCUUCUCUCCUCCUCCUUGUUCUUGCUCUUUUCUCCUCGCUCUCUUCUCUGAGGGUUUUGGGUUUCGUGGUCGAGUAGGGGAUCGAGAUGGAGGUCUCGAGGCCACUCAGGCUAAGAUGCUCCGUCCAGAACUACGAGUGGGGGAAGUUAGGCGAGGACUCGAGGGUCGCGAGGCUGUUCUCCCGGAACUCUGGGGCGGAGAUCGACCCGGAACGGCCCUACGCCGAGUUCUGGAUGGGGACGCACGAGUCCGGUCCUUCCUUCUUGGUCCGGGCCGAGUCGGGGUCCCCUGACUCGGAGCCGGUGACCCUCAGGAAGUGGAUUCUGGAGAACCCUGACGUUCUUGGAGAGAAGGUCGUAGAGAGAUGGGGGGGUGAACUCCCCUUCUUGUUCAAGGUUUUAUCGGUGGCAAAAGCUUUGUCGAUACAGGCACACCCAGAUAAGGAAUUGGCAGGGAUGCUGCACAAGAUGCGGCCGAGUAUUUAUAAGGAUCCUAAUCAGAAGCCGGAGAUGGCGAUUGCCCUCACCGACUUCAAGGCCCUUUGUGGGUUUGUCAGCAUUGAGGAGCUUAAGGAUGUGCUUGCAGGUGUGCCAGAGAUUGUAGAGCUGGUUGGUGAUGAGGAUGCAAGCAAGGUUAUGAAUACUACAGAACAGGGUGGAUAUGUGGAAGUAAAACCCAUUCUACAGUCAAUCUUCACUAAGCUUAUGUCUGCAAAUAAAGAGGCAGUUUCUGAAAUUGUAUCGAAAUUAAAGUGUCGUUUGAACGCGGAAAAUAAGAUUAGGAACUUAACGGAAAAAGAACAACUAGUAUUGCUAUUAGAGCAGCAGUAUCCAGCUGAUGUUGGAGUUAUAUCAGCCUUCUUCUUUAAUUACAUGAAGCUUAGUCCUGGUGAAGCACUGUAUAUCGGUGCAAAUGAACCACAUGCCUAUAUUUCUGGUGACUGUAUAGAAUGCAUGGCCACAUCAGAUAAUGUUGUACGAGCUGGGCUAACACCUAAGUACAGGGACGUGCAGACUCUUUGUUCUAUGCUGACAUAUAAACAGGGCUCUCCCGAAAUUUUACGAGGGACUCCCCUAAAUCAUUACGUUUCACGGUAUACUCCCCCAUUUGAUGAAUUUGAAGUUGAUCUCUGCUCACUUUCGCCACAAGAGUCUGUGGUGUUCCCAGCCAUACCAGGCCCAUCUAUUUUUGUUGUUGUGGCUGGGGAGGGAAGAAUGCAGAUGGGUUCUGCAAUUGAUGAAGAAAUGGUUAUGGAGGGCCAUGUAUAUUUUGUGCCUGCUCAUAGUGAGAUUGGGCUAACUGCUGGUGCUGCUGCACCAUUGCAGCUUUAUAGGGCUGGGGUAAACAACAGAGUUCUUUAAUUAAUAAUCAUCAAAGAUCUAUUACUAUAGGUCUCAAAUAAAUAUAGGAACUUUAAAAUUAAUAAUCAUCAAAGAUCUAUUACUAUAGGUCUCAAAUAUAUAUAGGAAAGUUCUAGUGUUCUAGGGUUGCAGUUUUUUCGGCUGAGAUAUGUAUAGUUAAAUGAAAAAGGAAUUUCGCAUUGUAUUGCACCAUGAAAAGUUUCUUGUAUUUAUUUUCUGCAUCUUUGAAGUUUGAUAUGUUGAUAUGCAGUUGAAGAAACACACGUGCACGAGUGCGCGCUUGCACACACAGGCCCCACGUAUAUGGGGCUUGCGAAUUUAUCAGUUGGUUCACUUUGUGGAAGCUGUAUUAGUCCUGUAUUGGUAGUUUGUUAUACCAUUAAUUAUCAGAAUGGAUGAGAUUCAAGAAAAUCAGAAUAUUUAA